AGUAAACCUACCACAAUGACCGUAGACGCUUCAAUGAAAUUUUUAAAAAUCUUAAUCAAAAAACAUGGAAGUAGUAUAGAAAGAGGAAGGAAACAGAUCGCAGGUCGGCAAUUUAAACACGAAAUCGAUAAGAGGAACGUACGCGGCGCAUGCGCACCGCUAUACAGUACACUUAUUUAUAUGUAUGUACGUGCAUACUACACUGGGUGCUUACUCUACUCAGUACAUUGCGAACUUCCAAGAGACCACUGUCAAUUACUGCAUCUGUGCUUUAUUACGUUGUUAGAGAUCACGAUGAGUUCAGACGUUAUGAGCUUAGUGCGUCAAAAUUUUCACGUAGAAUGCGAAGAUGGGAUUAACAAACAAAUCAACAAGGAACUGUACGCGAGUUACGUUUACUUGUCCAUGGCAUAUUACUUUGACAGAAGCGACGUGGCUCUGCCGGGACAUUAUAAAUAUUUCAAAAAAUCCUCAGACGACGAAAGAGAGCACGCGAUCAAGUUUAUGGCUUAUCAAAACAAGAGAGGUGGCAGUAUCAUUUUGACACCCAUUGAAAGCCCGCCAAAAAACGAUUGGGUUGGUGCCCAUGAUGCUAUGAUCGAUGCAUUAAAAUUAGAGAGAGAAGUGAACCAGAACCUCUUGGAUUUGCACGCGCUGGCGGAGAAGCAUAAAGACGCAAACUUUUUAGAUUUUCUGGAAACUGAAUAUUUGCAAGAGCAAGUAGAUUCCAUGAACGAACUUGCCAAUCAUGUUACGAAAUUAGAGAGGGUCGGCGAGGGUCUGGGCGUUUACAUGUUUGAUCAGGAACUUAAGGAAGAAGAGUCUCCUUAAGGAAUUAGCUCCAGCAUUUCCAAGGAUGGAGUUUAAUAUUGUACAAAAAGAAUAGCAUUCGUCAUGGAUUAAACGUCACAUUUUAUGUAACAUUAAUUCAAGAUGUCAAAUUAGCAGAUACAGGACGAAGUUCAUAACUAUAGAAUGUUAAUUUUAUAUCGUAUAACGUGUUAACAAUAAAUCUAAUGUUAUAAUGUACCAACUCUGAUCGAAAUAAAAGUUUAAAUACCUCA